AUGUCACAAUUUUACGCAAAAAGAACGUUUUUCAGCUGGUUUGCCGGCCGCAAGGCCAUCUAUCCACCCUCACCAUCACAAAUAUCAACUUCAAACCGUCUUUUUCCAACUUAUAUUACCAGAACGGGCGAACUCCAUGACCACCUUCUUGCCAAAGAACCACUUUUGGUCAAUUUCACCAUCAUGGCAGACCCACAAUGUAACAAACUCACCCAAUCGCUCUUCGACGUACUCAGUAGUAGCAAACUUUAUCCCAAUGACUUUGCCGUCAACUUGAUCAACGUAUCGGCUGACGACCUCGAGGCUCGUGACAUGAUGCUUACCUAUGGUAUCAGCCACCUUCCGCUGGUUGUAUGUUUGAAAAAGCAGUUAUUACAUAGCAAGUACGUUCCAAGUGAUCUCAAUCGACCACUAAACCAAGAGGUUAUUGAUUGGUUAAGUACACUCAAAUAG